CUCUCAGCUUGCAGAGGUGGACGUCGCGCUGGGGCGGGGCUGGGCUCCGGGCUGCUGUCCCCUGGGGCUCCUGCAGGACAGACAGGCGCGCCCUUGCCGGAGGGGGUGACAGACGCGUGUCUGGGGCCGGGGGGGGGGGGGGGGAGCGCGCGUGGCGGCCGCAAUGAGCACGCGUGCGCGUGCCCUGGCUCCCCGCGCCCCGCCCCGCGCCGGCCGCGGCCCCGUCCCCCUCCAGCCCCGGCCGCAGCCCCCGAAGCCGGUCGUCCGCGCGCGGGUCCGGGCGCCACCCGUGCUCUGUCCACCGCGGCGGUGCUGAUGCGGCCGGCGGGCCCCGCCCCCUGCGGCCAGGCAGCCAAUGAGAGCGCGGCCCGGUGAUGUCAUGGCCGGAGCCGAUGACAGCCAGGUCGGGGGGGUCAGGGGACAGGCUCCUGCCCACCCGGGGUCCCCGCGCCCCCCGGGGUCCCCGCACCACCCAGGGUCCCCGCGCCCCCGGGUUCCGCGCCCCCCGCUGUCCCCCUCCCCCAGCUGUCCCCGCGCCCCCGGGUCCCGCGCCCCCCGAUCCCGCGCCCCCCCGCUGUCCCCCCGCCCCACGCUGUCCCCUCCUCCGCGGGGCCCGGCCGUGUCCGUCCUCGCAGGCUGGCAGCGGUGCCCUCCCUCCCCCGGGCCGGCGAGGGGUCCCAGCGGGGCGCGCAGGUGUCAGUGUGUCCUUCCGUCCGCGGCGCCCGCGUGAGCGCUCCCGGCGCCGUCACGUGGUGUCUGCCCGCCGCGCGUCCGUCCGUCCGGCCCGCGCUCCCCGGGGUCGCCGGGCGGCAGGGGGAGGGGGCGGGGGAGGGGCGGGGGCGGGACAGUGGGCGGGCGGGGGCCCGAGGGGCGUGUGCGGGCCGGAGGCGGCUGUCACAGCGGCUCAGCCUGCGCCGGGAGCUCGGCCGCCUCCGACCGCAGACGGCAGCCAUGCGGCCCCCCCGCGCCCCGCUGGCCGCGCCGCUGCUGCUGCUGCUGCCGCUGCUGUCCCCGGCGGGCGCGGAGGAGCCGCCGCUGGCGCGGGUGCGCGGCGGGCAGCUGCGGGGCGUGCGGCUGCGGGCGCCGGGCGGGCCGGUGGCCGCCUUCCUGGGCGUGCCCUACGCGGAGCCGCCGGUGGGCGCGCGCCGGUUCCUGCCGCCCGAGCCCAAGCGGCCGUGGCCCGGCGUGCUGGACGCCACGGCCUUCCCCAACGUGUGCUACCAGUACGUGGACACGCUGUACCCCGGGUUCGAGGGCACCGAGAUGUGGAACCCCAACCGCGCGCUGAGCGAGGACUGCCUGUACCUCAACGUGUGGGCGCCGCUGCCGCCGCCCGCCGCGCCCGCGCCGGUGCUGGUCUGGAUCUACGGCGGCGGCUUCUACAGCGGGGCCGCCUCGCUGGCGGUGUACGACGGCCGCUUCCUGGCGCGCGCCGAGGGCGCCGUGCUGGUGUCCAUGAACUACCGCGUGGGCGCCUUCGGCUUCCUGGCGCUGCCGGGCAGCAGGGACGCGCCGGGCAACGUGGGGCUGCUGGACCAGCGGCUGGCGCUGCGGUGGGUGCGCGACAACGUGGCGGCCUUCGGCGGCGACCCCGCGGCCGUGACGCUGUUCGGGGAGAGCGCGGGCGCCGCCUCGGUGGGCCUGCACGUGCUGUCGCCGCCCAGCCGCGGCCUCUUCCGCCGCGCCGUGCUGCAGAGCGGCACCCCGAACGGGCCCUGGGCCACGGUGGGCGCGGCCGAGGCGCGGCGCAGGGCCACGCUGCUCGCGCGCCUCGUGGGCUGCCCGCCCGGCGGCAACGACACCGAGCUGACCGCCUGCCUGCGGGCGCGGCCGGCGCAGGACCUGGUGGACCACGAGUGGCACGUGCUGCCGCAGGAGAGCAUCUUCCGCUUCUCCUUCGUGCCGGUGGUGGACGGGGACUUCCUCAGCGACACGCCCGAGGCGCUCCUCAACGCCGGCGACUUCCAGGACCUGCAGGUGCUGGUGGGCGUGGUGAAGGAUGAGGGCUCCUACUUCCUGGUUUAUGGGGUCCCGGGCUUCAGCAAAGACAACGAGUCUCUCAUCAGCCGGGCCCAGUUCCUGGCUGGGGUACGGAUCGGGGUGCCUCAGGCUAGUGACCUGGCGGCCGAGGCCGUGGCCCUCC